AUGAGUCAUUCCGCUGUUAAUGUUGACAUUAUUGUCUCGAUAGGAAGUGGAGCAAGUAAUGGCAUUGGUGUAGCUGGUUUUGAACUAAAUGCAAGUUAUGUGCUAGUGAUUCUCGGUUGGGUUUUUCUGCCUGUUUAUAUAAAAGCGGAUGUUUUUACAAUGCCAGAGUUUUUAAAGAAAAGAUUCGGUGGUGAUAGAAUUCGUCUUUAUCAAACUGUUCUAGCUUUGAUACUUUCUAUAUUUACCAAAAUAUCAGUUGAUCUCUAUUCUGGCGCCAUAUUUCUUAAUCAAGCGCUUGGCUGGAAUAUGUAUGUAUCAAUUAUUGCCCUUGUUGCUCUGGCUGCUGUAUUCACCAUUGGUUCUUUUAUUCUUAUGGUUAUAAGUUAUGUUCGAGUGGGCGGUUUACAAAUGAUAAAAGAACUUUAUCCAUAUUCUCUUGCCGAUACAACAUUGCAUAAUGAUACCAUGUGUGGUGUACCGCCGGAAGAUUAUUUUAGUAUUAUUCGACCACUUAACUCAAGUAAUGGCCCUCCAUGGGUGGGCAUUUUUGGUAUGACUAUUUUGAGUAUUUGGUAUUGGUGCAGUGAUCAAGUAAUCGUUCAACGAGCGCUUGCUGCUAAAAAUCUAACUCAUGCUCGAGCUGGUUGUAUAGUCGCUAGUUAUUUAAAAUUCUUGCCUCUCUUUCUUAUGAUUAUUCCGGGUAUGGUCGCACGAAUACUUUUUCAAGAUAGAAUUGGUUGUUCAACUCCGCAAACAUGCAAAGAAAUAUGUGGCAGUGAAUCAUCGUGCACAGAUAUAGCCUAUCCGUUGAUCGUUAUUGAAUUGAUGCCAAGAGUUUUGCGUGGUCUCAUGCUCGCUUGUAUGAUCGCAGCAUUAAUGACGUCAUUAACAUCGAUAUUUAAUUCAUCAUCAACUAUAUUUACUAUUGAUAUAUGGCAACGUUUUCGAGCUAGAGCACCACAAUGGGAAUUAUUGAUAGUCGGAAGAGGUUUUACAUUGAUACUUGUUGGUAUAUCAAUUCUUUGGAUUCCAAUUAUUUCAAUAGCACAAGGCGGUCGUCUAUUUGACUAUAUCCAAUCAGUGCAAAGUUUUCUUGCUCCCCCCAUCUGUGCAAUUUAUCUUCUUACAAUAUUAUGGAAACGAGUAAACGAGGAAGGUGCAUUCUGGGGUCUUAUAUGUGGUUUAGUGAUUGGCUUAAUUCGUUUUGUGUGGGAAUAUUCAUAUUCCGUUCCACCAUGUGUAUUGUCACAUACAGAUCAACGUCCAGAUGCAAUUAAAUUUCAUUAUUUAUAUUUUGCUAUUCUUCUAUUUGUACUCACUUGUUUAAUUACGAUUACGGUCAGUCUGCUGACUCGACCUAUUCCUGAUCAAUGUUUGCAUGGCCUGAAUAUAUUUGAUUUAAAUAAUCCAGUUAAACCAACACCAAUACCAACAAAAUCAGGAGGUUGGCAUAAAGCAGAUACUUCAUUUGAAGAUAAAAACAGUCCAUUAACUGUUCCUAUUCAAUCGCCAAGUACAUCUGGGCAAACGUUACGUAUAUUUUCUCUAGAUCCAAUGAAUAAAAAUGGAAAAUAUUAUUUUAAAUUAAUAUUUUCAUGGAUAUGUGGUGUCGAACAUCAAGAUGACAAUCAAAAUGGAACGAGUGAUACGGUGACAAUGCCGCCAUUAGCAACAGAGAAUUUAUUUUGGAAACGCUUUUGCAAUUUAAAUGGUGUAAUUAUUUUAGGAUUUUGUGCUUUUCUUUGGGCAUUUUUUGCUGAUUAUCGUAUUGAUAAAAUGUAUGCGAAUGCUUGA